AAAACACUGUACAAGUGUGAGGCUCAGCUUGUGUGGCUACACUUCUGCAUAUGGAACAGACUUAACAUCAUGUUGAUGUUGCUUUUGCUAGUAUUUUGUGGGGUCAUAAGUGAAACUGUGUGGGCUGUACACAUACUGCUUAUUCCUUACACUCAGGGGACUAACUCUAGACUAAUGAACAUGGAAAAACUUGCAGAUAUCUUGAUACAAGAUGGGCACUCUGUCUCAUUGAUGAUAAACAACCGAUAUGAUGAAGAGAAUCGUCCAAUAUCUAAGGACGUGAAAAUCUACAAGUUUAAGAUUCCCGAUGAUGCAUGGCUUGUUACAGAUGAUGCAGUAGUUGCGAAGGCCCACAACACCUCUUUCAUUGAGAUGGCCUCUCUCGUAAAACAUCUCACAAUAUCGUACUGCGAGGCUCUUCUCAAAAGUGGUAUCUUGCAUGAAUUAAAAAAAAUCAAGUUUGAUCUUGUGCUAGUGGAUUAUGUUGAAGAGUGUGCCCGUUUGUCAAUAGACUAUCUUGACAUCGCCACUGUAACAUACUCUAACGAAGGGGGCUUGGUCAAUACUUACUUUGGGCAUUUAAAUCAUCCAGCGCCAUGGUCCUUUGUAACCCCUUUUGUUGUGGGGUUCCCUGAUGAUAUGAGAUUUUCAGAACGUGUACAGAGCACAUUGAUAAACAGUGUCAUACAAUACGUUUAUUAUACCAUGUUACUGGAUAUGGAUACUUUACGGAUUAAGUAUAAGGUUAACGCCUCUUUAUCAACAAUGAAUACACUUUCUCGAAAGACAUCGCUACAUUUCAGCAAUAACCAUUUUGUUCUGGACUACCCUAGACCAGUGAUGCCAAAUCAUGUCAAUAUUGGGGGCAUGUACUUCCAACCUCCAAAUCCCCUUUCUGGUCACAUUGAUAAUAUUGUAAAGAAUGCCUCACCAGGGGGUGUGAUUAUCGUGAGUUUUGGAUCUAUAUUUAAUCCAACGCAUGGAACCCUUGAGUAUGUUACCGAACAAAUGGCCUCUGCAUUUGCUGGUUUAACUUAUACAGUUAUAUGGAAAUACCCCAAAAACAGUAAACCACCAAAGUCACUGGGGAAGAAUACACAUCUUGUAAACUGGCUACCACAGAAUGAUCUACUGGGGCACCCGAAGACUAAACUAUUUAUAACACAUUGUGGUGUGAGUUCAACAUACGAAACAAUUUACCAUGCAGUUCCAGUUAUCACAAUUCCCAUAGCUGUCGACCAGUUCAAGCACUCAACCCAACUGACUAAGAGGCUCAAAAUGGGAAUUGAAUUACGCAUGGAUCAUAGAGAAAUUACAAACACAAGCCUUGUUGAAGCAAUCCUCUCUGUUCUGGAGGACCCAAAAUAUAAGGAAAAUGCAAAGAUAGCUUCAAGGUUAAUACAGAAAAAUAUUAACAAGCCGAGGGAUGUUUUCCUAUUCUGGAUCAAUUAUGUCAUCGAAACGAAUGGUGCCAAACACUUGGUAUCAAAACCUCUACAAGAUUUGAGUUUCUUCCAAUAUUUCAUGCUGGACGUCCUCAUAUUCCUGGCUGUUAUAUUGGCUGUAAUUGUGACAAUUAUCUUCAUCAUUAUUAGAUGGAUAUUUAGAUGUGUAAUGUGUUUGUUCAAAAAUAGUAAACAGAAAGAUGACUAGAUCUAAGUUAAUAUAGUACCAUGGUGUUCCAUUUUGUAUAAUGAUAUUAUUGAUUUAUACAGAACAGUGUAAUGCCACUCACCAGUAAAAUCAAAGAUUUAAUCAAGCCCUGGGACAUAAAGUCGCCUAAAUUAAUAGUAAAGAUGAUACUACACCUCAACAAUGCAACAAUUCACAAGGCAGAGGAAACAAAACUUAAUGGAGUGGAGUGUCUUCGCACUGAACCAUUUAUAUAAUGCUCUAUAUUCACCUGAAAAAGCCCUUUCAGACAUCUGAAAACAAGAUUGGAUGGAGUUCAACACACAGAUUAGACUGAGCUGAAAGCCACCAUUAUCAUCAAUCUAAGAAAGGUGAGCAACAGUGGUUUUCGUCACAUGUUUGAAUCUUUAGUCAUGAGGCAACACGAAUGCGCAUAUAAUGGUUGGAAAUACUGAAUAUCAGAUAACAGUAAUACAAAAUGAUCCAAUACUGUUUUCAUACUAAUCCCUACACUGUUGUGGUACACAAUUUGUUGUAUAGUAGGAACAGGUGGUGGUGGACAGGGAUGAUAUGAGAAUGAAAAAGAGUUAUCAAACACAUGAGUGUAGAGUAACACAAUUUUGACGUUGCUCCACAUGCCCGUAACUCUGGUUACCAUAACAACCAUAACUUCAUAAUUUUUAAACUAUAUGUAAUGGUAGUUGCAUGAUAUAGUGCUGUAAUGAGAUUCUAUAAUAUGGAGAAAUGUCAUCUCAAACAAUGUCAAAACAAGGACAUCUCUUAAAAUCAGAGUAUUUGUAUCUUUACUUCCUGGACACCCUGCACUAUACAUGUACAUAUCGCAAAAUAUUGAAUCUUGU